UGGUAUAGUGGACUGAGUUUCUUCGGACACCGUCCGUUCGUCCGUCUGUUCAUUCGAGUUGCUCGCGUGCCACCUGGCAAAUCGUAGUGCCAGGUUCUUCGUCUCAUUAUUUUCCUUUUUUCUCUCUUCGCCUUAGAACGGAUGUAACUCGCUCGAUAUUCGUGGGAACGGGAGCGUGUGAACCGGAAUAAAUAGUAUCGAGUACGUAGACGUUUUUUUGUGGCAGUUCGAGAUCAGUCUUGGCGCGUGUCGAUUUUAGCAAGACCGCCAACGGGAAUUUCCGAGUUUUUAGUGCGACCAACUCAUAUCGGCUCCUUCAUUCGCGCCCCGGGCAGUCGCGUGCCGACUUUGAUACUUGCUCCGUAUGUCUGAUCGAUAUUACGUGAAGUGAAAUUAAUGACAACUGCCUCAGAUUACUCCCGUUAUAAUUUCACUUCCACGUGCGUAAUCCACUUUCACACGAAACCGGUAUUGUGGUGUGCGACACUCGAUCUACCGGGAUUUCUGCGACCCGGCGUUCGGGACGAUCGAAAUUAUAAUGCGAAUCUGCCAAUAAAGCUGGCCGCGAAUACCUAAAACCGGUUGUUUUAUGAUUCUCUUUGUUGGACUCUCAGGGUUCAUAGUGCGCUAGUGGACGUGCUGUAGGUGCAAAACAGUCUCAUGUGUUACAUGGUGUUCUGAGCUAAAAACGAAGACGGCGGAAAAAAAAAGAAGUGAGGGACCCUCGGUGGAAUUUCUUUAGCCAACUUUACGAAACGGUCGAAAUGGGAACGUGCUGGUUCGUAGUGUGGGUGCUUUUCGUCUGUUUUAUUGGAGAUGCGCGGCCGCAAUACAGGGAUAAAAAUAUAAGCACUGCGGAGACAGACGCGGUACAAGCACUUUUGGCCCGUUACCUUCAGCGUCGUCUUCAAGGCUCUCAGCUGUCAACGCCGCCACCUCCGUCGGUCCUCUUCAGUAACAAUCAUCGGACCCACAUCCGACAGGCCACUCAGAGAGGUCCACCCAGCAACAAUCUUGUUUCUCGAAAUGUCAGCGGCAAUGAUGGGGACCACCGUCCUGUCCUUGAGGAUUACGAAGAUUACGAGGACGACCUCGAGGGCUACGAGGACAGCGAGAGGAGCAGAACCAGAUUCGAUCUCUUGGCGGACGACUGUCCAAACUGCGUGGACGAACAUAGUAACAGCUUGGCGGCUUCAAGAUGGACGAUGCCUUUAUUGAAGCUGGGCGAGAAGAGAUACUACUUGGGGAUCUUCUUCAAGGCAAACUGGUACAGAGCCUCGCAAUACUGUCGUUAUCACGGGAUGCAUCUGGCGAGUAUAGCCUCGCAAGAGGAGAACGAUAGACUUGAGAAGCAUAUCAAGGACUUCGGUCUCGGUCACGAGCAUUUUUGGACUUCUGGCACCGACCAGGCUGAGGAGGGAACCUUUUUCUGGAUGGCUAAUGGUAGGCCGAUCACGUUCGAGAAUUGGAACGUCGGCGAACCAAAUAAUUUCCGGUACGAAAACGGCGAAGAGGAACAUUGCCUGGAGCUCUGGAACAGAGAUGGCAAAGGACUCAAAUGGAAUGACAGUCCUUGCAGCUUCGAGACUUUCUUCGUCUGUGAAGUGCAGUGAUCAAUUUGCGAGAAAAGCUGGAAGGAGGAACUAAACGCACGAGAAUAUUCGUGUGCAAAUAUCAGUAUAUGGCGUGUCCUCAAGGUGAUCCUCGAGGAAACUGCGUGUGACAUUCUCAUCGACCGUCCAUUCGUUUCAGUGGACUUAGCAAGGUAGAGAGACUUGACGUGACAUGUGCGCUCGGACUGAAAACGAUGCGUGAUUAGCCAGUCGCUACCGUUGUCACGUUUUACACGUCCAGAUUCAGUGUGCGCGCAAAACGACACCCAAUUCAGUCAGUUCUUUCGUAAAAGAAUCACCAGGCGACAUACCGAGCGUUGGAUAAAUCCGCAAUGUCGGACGAUAAAAACGAUUUAUUUGCUUUUUGUGCAGAGGCAGUUCUAGACAGAAUGCUUGACAUUAAAUUAUGCAAUGUAUUUA